UUGGCUCCUCGUUUUUGACACGACAUCACAACCCAAUGACCCAAAAAAACCUUUUAACUGGUUUUGCAUCAUUGAAGCCUGUAAACAGAAACUUCUUGAGCCUUUCACCGACACAAAAAUGGCAGAAAAGAGAGAAAAUGUGGUGAUGUUCCCCUUCAUGGCGCAAGGCCAUAUCAUCCCUUUCCUAGCGUUAGCCCUUCAUAUUGAAAAAACAGGGAAGUAUAAAAUAACAUUUGUCAACACCCCUCUUAACAUCAAGAAACUGAGAUCAUCCCUGCCUCCAAACUCCUCUAUUCAAUUCCUUGAAAUCCCUUUCAAUAGCUCCGACCAUGGCCUCCCUCCCAACACUGAAAAUUGUGAUGUUGUUCCUUACCAUUUUGUUGUUCGACUUCUUGAAGCUUCAGCUUCUCUGAGGACUGUUUUUAAACAACUUAUUGAAGAUAUCAUACAAGAGGAGGACGGUCACCGCCCACUUUGCAUAAUCGGAGACAUCUUUUUUGGAUGGAUGGCUGGUGUUGCCCAGGAGCUUGGCGUGUUUCAUGCCGUGUUUAGUGGGGCUGGUGGGUUCGGUUUGGCUUGCUACUACUCCAUCUGGUUAAAUCUUCCUCACAAGGAAAUAAAGCUGGCAGAUAAUCACUUUUUGUUGCCAGAUUUCCAAGAAGCUUCGAAGAUACACUUGACCCAGUUGCCUUUAACUAUGUCAGAGGCAGAUGGGACAGAUUCGUGGUCGGUUUUCCAUGGCAAAUAUUUGCCAGAAUGGUCUAAAUCUGGUGGGAUUUUGUUCAACACAGUGGAGGAGUUCGAUCAUAUUGGAUUGAUGUAUUUUAUGCGAAAGCUAGGUAGGCCAGUCUGGCCAGUCGGGCCAAUAUUGUUGUCAAUCGAAAACAGAGCACGUGCUGGCAAAGAAGCUGCAGGAAUCACACCUGAGUUUUGCAAAGCAUGGUUAGACACAAAGCCUCAAAAUUCAGUGUUAUACGUCUCUUUUGGAUCAAUGAACACCAUCUCUCCAUCACAAAUGAUGCAGUUAGCCAAAGCAUUGGAGGUAAGUGGCAAAAAUUUUAUUUGGGUUGUCAGGCCACCCUUAGGGUUUGACAUAAAUUCAGAAUUCAAAGCCAAUGAAUGGUUGCCUGAAGGGUUUGAAGAGAGAAUUAGGGAGUCAAAGAAAGGGUUGGUAGUGCAUAAAUGGGCACCCCAACUGGAGAUUUUAUCCCACAAAUCUACAUCUGCUUUCUUAAGCCACUGUGGAUGGAAUUCUGUGCUUGAAUCUCUUAGCUAUGGUGUUCCAUUACUUGGCUGGGCUAUGGCUGCUGAGCAGUUUUUCAAUGUGAAGCUCUUGGUGGAAGAGGUAGGGGUUUGUGUGGAAGUGGCAAGAGGAAAAGCCUGUGAAGUGAAUCAUGAAGAUGUGGCAGCAAAAAUUGAAUUAGUAAUGAGUGAUUGCGAGAAAGGAAAGGAGAUAAGAAGGAAAGCUUCUCAAGUAAGGGAGAUGAUCAAGAAUGCUAUGAAAGAUGAGAAAGGUUUCAAGGGUUCUUCAGUCAAAGCCAUGGACAAUUUCUUCAACGCAGCGAGGACUAUGAGGGGACAGGCCCAGAAGCAACAAAACGGUAGAUGUACCUAAAAUUAAGGGUCAAAAAGAAUGAUUUUGUAGCAGUAACACGGUAAAAAUGUUGGAUGAAAGUAUCCAAGGUUGGAAAAAUGUAUGAAUACUCCCUCGUAUUAGAAAGCCUCAUGGGCAUGUUCUUUUUCUCUUUUUCGGUUAGUAGAUUUCAAAGUUGAAAAUUAGCGGCGGAACCGCAAUUUUCGUGAUGCUGUUCGGUGUUUACGCCACUUUCAGUUCUUUUUUGAACCCGACAUGACUUUGGUGCAGUUUGGCAUCAAUCAAAACAGAUAAUGACAGAUGCACGAAGGAAUCCUUCCAUGCGGCCGAAAAAGAAGACAAAUAUGUGGUGGUUCCACGAGAUGCAUGACUUCCUAUCCCAAAGGUUCCUAAUUCCUACCUACAUUCAUUGAAGUUGCAUCCAGAAACACUAGCUGGAUAGGUUAUCUGUUCACACUUGUGAUAUUUUUAUUUUUAAUGCUUUAGUCAUGUGAUAUUUUUAUGAGAUGGAUAUGUCAUGAAAUAAUAAACAUUAUAUGUGACGUGUUCAAUCAAUAUUUUUUUUAGAAAUUAAUGAUUGGAUGAAAAAAAUUAU